UUUGUUUUCUUCCGUUUGAUUGUAAUGGUUGCUAGAAGAAGGAGUAAAGAGGAAUGGGGCUCAUUUUGUGAAAUAGAAAAAAAGUGAAAGAGAUUAGUUCUAUUGGUAUUCAGUUUGAUUAUAUUGUUCCUUCAAUGGAUAAUUUAGAGUGUCUGAGUGACGUUAACAUAGCCAGUAAGAAACUGUUCCUGAUACAAGGAGACAGACCUCAACUGCUAAACUGGGAGAGGUAUGGGCUAAGAAUUGGAGCAUCUGGAGGAAGCCUAUCAUCCACAGAGACAGCUGAGGUAGCCAUGGUCGCUCUUGUAGGAGGACAGUUUGUGUUUCCUAAGAACACGGUACUCUUUAGUGCUGUGUAUGCAGUCUCCAUUUCUAGACCUCUCCUCAAAGCGACAAACGCUGUGUCUACAGUCCCGGAUCUGGGAUUCAAGGAAUCAGGCUUAUUCUACCGGAUCCAGGAGGAAUCUUUCAUUAGAAUUGAUCCCGGAUCCAGGAUUCAAAGAUUCAGUCUUAUUCUACCGGAUCAGGAGUGAUUUUUUCAUCAGUAAUGAUUCUGGACUCCUUUUUGACUCUGGAACACUGCAUGCUGAUUGCAUGAGAUCACUGAGCUAAAAAGUUUGACCUUUAUCUAGUUUGUUAUUAUCAUCAUCAGUAUUAUUACAGUUACUAUCCUUAUAAGUCUUUGUGGUGUAGUGUUUUCAUGUAUU